AGCUUUCCAAGCGCAGCUCUGGGGAUGCAGGCGGCGCUAGGACCUGCCCGGAGCCGUUGGGAGCGGACAAACGCAGCGGGGCGCGGGGCUGCGGGCGGUGCCGGCGCUGGGAGCCCCGGGCUCGGGGCGCCGAUGCCGCAGCUCUGCCGGGUGACGGACUCGCUGCUGCUGGGCACGGCCCGGGCAGCGUGCGACGAGGAGCUGCUGGCGCGGGAGGGGGUCACCUUCUGCGUGAAUGUCACCCGGCAGCAGCCGUUCCCCGCGCUGCCGAGCGUCCGCGGCAUCCGCGUGGCCGUGUGGGAUGAGCCGGCCGAGGAUCUGUACCGGCACCUGGAGCCCAGCGCGGCCGCCAUCGAGCGGGCGCUGCGCGCCGGCGGCCGCUGCCUGGUGUACUGCAAGAACGGCCGCAGCCGCUCCGCCGCCGUCUGCACCGCCUUCCUCAUGAGACACCAGCGCCUCCCGCUCAAGGACGCCUUCCAGGUUGUGAAAGCUGCCAGACCCGUAGCAGAACCAAAUGCAGGAUUUUGGUCUCAGCUGCAGAGAUAUGAAGAAGAUUUGCAGAAACGAAAGCAGUCUGAUCUGAUGAGCAAAGGACUUAAAAAUAAUGAUGUGUGAAGAUACUUUAAAGAAAGUGAAGUACUUUAAAAAUAAGGGAAAAAAGUGAAUACUUUAAAAAUAAGGGGAAAAAAUCACUUCCUAAAUCAUCUGUACAUAAAACACUUUACCCCCAUAA